AUGUAGUGGCCCCACAGGGAAGCGCCAAGCUGCUGGCCAUCAAGGCACCAGCUGAAUUUCCUAAAAUGUUGUCUUCUAGCUCUCUCCUAGUAUCUGCAAACAAAGGUGAGAGCACAUCUAGUAGUAACCUCGAGGAAGCUUCAAAACCUUCUGCUGAAGACGUGAGGAUGUUCAUGUCAAGAAAAACUGUGGUUGCAUUUCCUCAGCGAGUAGUAGUUUCUUCCCUUGAGGAGGAAAAACUCACUACACCUGGAACAGAAGGAGGCCUGAGGAAAGAGUUAGUUGAGGAAGAAACUUCAUCUUCAUCCAGCUCAGAUUCUAGCUCAGAUUCUGAGGAAGAAAAUGAUGAUUCAGAAGUUGCCAUUAAAACCAAAGUUGAGUUUCCUAGACGAGAUUCCAUCUUUUCUGAGAACAUGGCAAUAAAGGCACAAAUGCCAACAAAGGAGAACUUAUGCCAGAAAUCCCACAAAGAAUAUGUAGCUAAGAAGCCACGCAAAACAGAAAGCUAUGUGUCUCCUGUCAAGCAGGUCGCAUCUUCUGAAACAUCAGUCAGCCAUGAAACAUCAAAAUCCAGAGCAAGAGACCUCAAACUAAAAUCAACUCCAAAAGAAGCCGCUCGGCAGAAGCUGGUCUUACAGCCACACAUGGUUAAAAGCCAAGACCUGACCGAUGUCACUCAUAAAUCUGAUUAUCUGGACGAAAAGUCCAUUAGAACCCAAGUAGCAGCUAUUCAGCUGAAAGCAUCAUCAGUGAUUCAGGAAGACAAAAAGCAAAAACUGGUACCCAGAGGAGAUGGAAAAAAGGUGGAGGCGGCACAGGAAUCGGAAGCAGAAGUAACUGCUCCUAAGCUGGAAGAAGAGACUUCUGAAAGCACAAUGUUGGUGAUGGGCACUACAGCAAAGGAGGAGAUGAUUCAGGAAGCAGGAGUCCAGGCUGGAGAAAGCAGCGCAAUAGAGGAGACCACAGCAGCUGCUGAGCCUGCUCCAGAAGAAUUUGAUAAUUCUACCUACAAGAACCUUCAGCAUCAUGAAUAUAACAUUUAUACCUUUGUUGAUUCUGUUGUGGUUCUCUCAAAAUUCAGGCAGCCUCAGCCAUCUUCUGGAAGACCAUCACCAAGGCACUGA